AUGUCUCAGCUCUCCGAUAUCUACGCAUCAUCUAGCUUCGACGGGGUGCAGUUAGACGCGCUGCAAUACCUUAUUCCUGACGAUUCAUUAUCCCAACGCGAAAGCCAGAGUCAACUACAAUCUGAAAGCCAGUUUGGAUCAGUUCCAGACCUUCCAGCCCUUCCAACCCAUCGAUCGCGUGUGGUACCUCAGGCCCCAGACACUCUAAAUGAUUCGAUUAAGACGCUACAGCUUGAGACAUAUUCCACGAUUAUCCAAGUGCCAUGCCUUGCACAUGUUAUUCAAUUAAGUCUAGUUGAUUUACUUGGUAAAAUCAAGGCCUCACCAAAGAACAACAACGCUGAGACAGAAUGGUCUGAAGAUCGUGUACGUUCACUUCGUACGCGCCAGCAGAAAUAUGAGAUCGCCGAUACUCUAAACAAGGAUGUUCGUACACGAUGGAAUUCGACAUUCCUGAUGCUCCGGCGGGCCAAAAGACUUCAUGAUACAUUUGACAAGUACUGCGAAGACUAUACCCAACCCCAUUUUGCAUUGAGUAUAGAGGGGUGGCGACAGAUUGACUAUCUACUUUGCAUUCUCCAGCCCUUUUUUACGCUUACUACGCUGGUUCGUCGUACUAAAGACUCGAGUAUCUACCUUAUCUUUAGGAUUUACAACAAGCUUUUUGAUCAUCUUGAAAGAUCAAUACGUCAGCUUCGUCGAAAGAAAGUUCCCUGGAAACAGCUGAUGCUUUCCUCUCUUGAGGCUGCAAAGGAGAAAUUGAAGAAAUACUACAGCGAUACAGAUGAUAUCGAAGGUAAUCCCUACGCAAUUGGGAUGAUCCUGGUGCCGUCGAGCAAGAUGGAGUUCUUUUCAACAAGCGAUUGGGACCUAGAUCCUGAGAUAGAUAGGAAGGGACUACAGAAAGGAAUACCGCGAGAGUCUUUACCUGAUAGCCAGUUAUCAAUAACUGAAUCAGAGCUUGAGAAGGCCCUUGACGGCGAUUCUUUACUACAAUCAAUUGCUCCGCAGUACAACGAGCUUACCAAAUAUCUCCAGAGUGAUACUAUCAAAGGAUCGGUCCGGAUCUUCUGGAAAGAUCAUCAGAGAAAAUUCCCUGUCCUUGCAAGCGUUGCCCGUGAUAUCAUGUUGUACAUGUGUACAACAAGAUUCGAUAUCAAGGAGGAGCAGCGGCUGAUUCUCCAAGAGUAUCUUUCAGACUAUGAGAUAGCAGCUUCGACAGAAGCACUUGAUGUCCAGACAUAUAUCUUUGAGGCCAUCAGUGAUGAUGAGGAGGAGGAUGUCGAGGUCCGUCUCAAUACACCGGCUGCUAUAUCAAUUACGCAAGCAACCCUGGACGUACCGCCACUCUCAGCAGUCGCCGCUGGAAAGCGGCCUGCAAAGUAA